AACGUAUACAAUUCAUAUACAUAUACACUACCAUUUAUUAUAUUUUAACUUUUAAGUAUAAUUAAUUUUCAUUAUUUUUAGCUCAUGGUAUAUUGGACAAAUUAUGUGGAGAAAAUAGACAGCCUCAUAUGCAAAGCAUUAAUUCUUAACUGUCAAUGUUCAUUAGAAAAUAUUUUAGAACUAAGUGUCGGUGAUGGUUCAGGUCCAACGCCAGUAAUACUUAUUCACGUGAGCUUAAAAGAUAAUAAGAUUAAAUAUGAAGCUAGUCUAUUAGAGAUUCUAUCGUUCUCGGCAAACUUUUUAACAGAUUUAUUAAUGGCUAUUAAAUUAUUGCCAAGAUUAAAUCAUAUAUUCCAACUAUCGAGAAAUAAUUGGAUUCCGUAUGAAGAUGAAAUUUCUAAAGAUUGGCUUUGUAUCAAACUCCAGGGAAAAUAUAACAUAGCUACUAUAAAUGCUUUAAGACGAUUAAGACGUUAUAUGUACGAGUACUUAGUAUUUAAAGACAUAUGGUCAAUGGAUAAGAAAUUAUUUUUUGAAAAAUAUAGAACCUUCAAUUCAUCAGCGACACAUUUUAAUCAGGAUAUGACUCAAUAUUCGAUUUAUAAACGUAAGAUAUCUCGCAUUAAACCAGUUGCCCAAGUCUCUCAUUUUCUAGUACAAACCAACAUGUUAAAAGAUGACAUUAUUAGACAUUGUGAUGAGUGGAAGGAUAAUUUUUCGAAUCUUCUUCUUGAAAUGACGACCAAUCUCAUAGAAGGAUUUUAUCAAUAUACGAAAAUUAACAGCCUUCAGUAUAAUAUAUUGAAAUAAUAAUCCGUAAUAGUGAAAUUU